CGGCGCAGCCAGGCUCAGUGUGCCGCGGCAAGCAGCGCCCGUCUGUUGGUGUGGACGGUGCGGCGGUGUGUGAACCUCUGGUGUUGUGUUACACGUGUCCCCACGUGUAACACAACACGGUGCGUGACACGGGAGUGGCGUGUGGUGGUGACCGGCGCGGCGGUGAGGGAUGGACGUGGUGGUGCAGGGCGGUGAAGUGCUGCUGCAGUUCUGUACAGGCGGUGAGGCAGCGGGCAGGGCGGCGUGGGGACGUGACGUGACGUGACGCAGGCGGCACGUGAAGGUGCUGCUGAGGAGUGUAUGGUGGUGGUGGUGGUGGUGGAGGUGCUAGUGAUGGGUGUGUCGCCUGUGGUGGUGGCGGUGGUGAUGGUGGGUGUGUUGGCUGUGAUGGUGGUGGUGGUGGUCGUGGCCGCGGCUCGUGCGUCACGCCAGGCAAGCCGUGAGCCCUGCCCGCCAUCUUGCAGCUGGGCCUUGGCCUGGCCCGCGGCGGCGCUCGCUCUCCAAGACGAGGCAACACAGGACCACUCCUGCCCGGCAACCUGCCACGCCUUCUGCAGGGGCAAGGCUGCGGGUGCUCUCCCCCAGGGCAGUGUUUGAUGGCGCCCCUGGGAUUAUGAGUGAGGCAGUGACAUCCGCCCCUGCCCCCCGCCCGCUCCCUCUCCCCCAAGACCCUUGAGGCCAGGUCGUUCGAAACAGUUGGGCAAAAUAGUAAUGUCAGAAGUAAGAGUAAGCUGUGAAGGAAGAACAUCUGUCAUAAAGUGUUACUGGAGGCACGAAAAUGUCAAAGAAGUGCAAAGACAAUUCAGAAGACACUUUGACAGGGAUCCACCAAGAAACAGUUGGGCAAAACUAUAAUGUCAGAAGUAAGAGUAAGCUGUGAAGGAAGAACAUCUGUCAUAAAGUGUUACUGGAGGUACGAAAAUGUCAAAGAAGUGCAAAGACAAUUCAGAAGACACUUUGACAGGGAUCCACCAAGAAACAGUUGGGCAAAAUAAUAAUGUCAGAAGUAAGAGUAAGCUCUGAAGGAAGAACAUCUGUCAUAAAGUGUUACUGGAGGCACGAAAAUGUCAAAGAAGUGCAAAGACAAUUCAGAAGACACUUUGACAGGGAUCCACCAAGCCGCUGCCUCCCAUGGGACGGAGCACCCACCUCUCCAUACUGUGGACACCCACACCCACCACCUCGACCCCCCGGCCAGCUAUCACCAGGACCCACCGCCUCAUGUCUGACUCAGCCAUGAGGGAGGUUGGGCAGUGGGUGACACAACACCCGUGGACCGAGGUGCUGGAUGUGGAGGACGUCCACUCAAAAUGGCACAAUUACGUCGCCACCACCACAGAAGCCUUCCACCGCUACUUCCCAGCCGAGAGCGUCACAGUGCACACAUCUGAUGCCCCCUGGAUGACGCCCCGCAUUAAAAGACUCAUGCAUCAGAGGACGUGGUCGUUCCACUCCUGCCCGGACCUAUACAGGAAGCUAAGAAACAGAGAGAUCAGGGAGAUUAAGGCUGCCAAGUCAAGCUAUUACCCGGACAAGAUACACCACUUCAAGCAGGCCAACAAGAGACAGUGGUUCGCUAGCAGCAAAGCUUUGUGUGGCCUACAAAAGCACACUUCAUCUCUUCCUUGCACCUCACACCUUCCUGCUAAUCUCGCGGCUCAGGAGAUGAACGACCACUUUGCCGCUAUCUGUCACACCUGCCCUCCCCUCCACACCACUCCACUUCCUGCCCAUCUUCCCGCUCCCUCCCCUCCCUCCAUUGUCCAGGCGAUAGAUGUUUUUAAGAGGAUACUUAAAGAUACCAAGAUACCAAGAUACCAAGGAUACUUAAAGAUACCAAGAUCCACCACACCCACUGACCUUCCCAUAUGGGAAGAGCCAGCAACACCGCUAUGCCCCAUAAUAAACGCCUCUCUUUCCCAACACUCUUGCCCCGCGGACUGGAAGACAUCUUACUUCUCUCCCAUCCGCAAAGCUUCCAGUGCACAGUCCCUCGGUGACCUCAGGCCAGUCUCUAUCACCCCCAUCCCUAGCUUUAUUUGUGAAGAUUUUGUGUAUGACUGGGCCUACACCAAAACUUGUUAUACCGUGGAUAUCAGACAGUUUGGAAAUAUUAAAGCCACCCCCACCUCCCAUUACCUGACCAGCUUCCUUGACUUCAUCCACAGCCACCUGGACAAGCGAAACACCUCUCUAGCUGUUGCCUUUGUGGACUUCAAAAAGCCUUUGAUCUUGUUGAUCACUUUGUUGGCUUCAGCAAGGCAAUAAGUCUUGCUCUCCCUUCCAACCUGGUAGCGUGGCUAGCCAACACCCUCUCAGGGAGGCGUCAGGCCGUUCGCUAUCAGGGCUCUGUCUCUAAUAUCCAACAGCUGACAUGUGGGGUCCCCCAGGGAACCAAGAUGAGCCCACUAUGCUUCCUCCUCCUCAUUAACGAUGCCCUCACUGACACCCCCAUGGCUGGAAGUAUGUGCACGACUGCACCGUGGGCGUCCCAGUCUCCAACAGGAACACGGACUACUCGCCACUGCAAGUCAUUUUGGAGCGACUGCAGACAUGGACGGAGGAGAGCAGGAUGACCAUCAACCACAGCGAAACUGUGGUGAUGCAUUUCUGUACCUCCUCUGUACCAGUGCCCCCUCCCCAGCUCACAGUGGGCCCUCACCC